GCCUUGAACACACCUCCAUAUGAUCGCCUUGAUGCGUUCCCAAAGACGGCAUACUUACGCAGCUUGUUCCGCCCGUUUUCGGCAAGUGAAGGCAACCAUAUCGCGCUCUUUGCUGCUGUGGUGCUUCUCUGUACGAAGAAUGCUUACCACGCGCUAGCUAUCUUGGCAAUGAAGAAGGCCCACGCCUAUAAGAGCACGCCCUCGCCGCUCCAUCCCAUCAUCCCGCAGGGUGUUCCCCACCUCGAGUACCGCGGAGAGCUGAUCCACCACGAUGAUUGCUACUGGCCUCCUCCUCACCUCGCUCUUCACACUUGGCCUGAGCAAGCCCGUGGCGCGCAGUCUCCGCCUGCACGAGGCCCGGUCGACCAUCCCGACGGGAUUCUCGCACGUACGCUCUGCCGACGCAGACACCGUGCUCAACCUCCGCCUCGGUCUCGUGAGCAGCAACGUUGACCAGCUCGUCGAGACCCUGUAUGAUGUCAGCACGCCGUCAAGCCAGAACUAUGGCCAGCACCUCUCGAGGUCCGAGGCGGCAGCCUUCCUAUCGCCGUCGUCCGAGUCCCUCGAAGCGGUGAAUGCGUGGCUGAACGAGAACAACCUCACCGCGCAGUCCAUCUCGCCGGCCGGUGACUGGCUCGCCAUUUCCGUCCCCGUCAGCCAGGCGAACGAGAUGCUUGAUGCCGACUUCUCGGUGUUCACGCACGAAGCAACGGGCGUUCAGAGCAUACGCGCCCUCCAGUACUCCAUCCCGACGGACCUUGCCGGCCACCUGCAGCUGGUCCACCCGACAACCACGUUCACGCAGCCCACCUCGCCUAAACUGCCUCUCAACGCGAAGCGUGUCUCUGCUUCAGCGAUGGAGAAACGGCAGUCGUCGUGCAGCGGCAAUGUUGACCCCGCGUGUCUCCAAGAACUCUACGGUAUUCCGACGACUGCGGCUGCAAACGCUGAUCCUAUCGUGGUGACUGGGUACGAUGAUCAAUAUCCGAGCAACACGGACAUGAGUGACUUCCUGUCCCAAUACCGCACAGACAUCGCUUCUUCCACUACCUGGACCAUAGUGGAGCUCGACGGCGGCUCUGACGACCCCAGCGACCCUGGCGAUGAGGCAAACCUCGACGUGCAGUACACAGUCGGCCUCGCCACGGGCGUUCCUGUGUACUUCAUCUCUGUUGGUGAAAAUGCCAAUGAUGGUGUCUUCGGCUUCUUGGACACGGUCAACUACGUUCUGUCCAACCUGAGCGACGCUUACGUCGUGACGACCUCCUAUGGCUCCAACGAAGCGGACAUUUCUACGGGCGUGUUUAGCAAACUCUGCGAUGCAUACGCGUCGCUUGGAACCGCGGGCAUCUCGGUAUUGUUUGCUUCUGGAGACGGCGGUGUCUCAGGCUCCCAGAGCUCGUCUUGCACCGACUUCGUCCCUACGUUCCCGUCUGGCUGCCCCUAUGUUACGUCCGUGGGCGCGACGACCGGUACCAGUCCCGAGACGGCCGCAGAUUUCUCUUCUGGCGGGUUCUCGAAUGUCUACGCUACCCCCUCCUUCCAGACCUCUGCGGUCUCUUCGUACCUCUCCUACCUGGGAAGCACCAACAGCGGAUUGUACAAUACCUCUGGCCGUGGUUUCCCCGACGUUUCCACCCAGGGCGAGAACUUCCUCAUCGGGUACGAGGGCUCCUUCUACACCGUCAGCGGAACGAGCUGCUCGAGCCCGACCUUUGCGAGCGUUGUCGCGCUGCUCAAUGAUAAACUGCUGAGCGCAGGGAAGAGCCGACUCGGGUGGUUGAACCCUUGGCUGUACGAGAACUCGGGUGCUCUGAACGAUGUAACCAGCGGCGACAACCCGGGAUGCAGUACCAACGGUUUCACUGCCACGACCGGUUGGGACCCGGUGACGGGUCUUGGUACGCCGAACUUUGCCGCGCUGUUGACUGCUGCCGGCGUGUAAAGCAUUCAUGAAUGUUUGAUCACGGUAUAACGAACGGUUGAUACGAACAAUUGGUCUGAACAUUUCUCGGUUACUGUCGCUCC